CAAUUUAAGUACAUUUUUUAUUUCAGUCAUGUUUUGUCUUGUCCAAAAUAGCUUUUGAUCUUAGUAACACAAAAUACUAAGACUAUAUAAUGGAGAAUAUGAAACUCUGUAUGGUUCUUAAAUAAACUCUUAAAUACAUACAAAAUUAAAAGACUUUUUAAAAUUCCAAUCUUUUUGUUUUCCAGAACAUAUUAUCUGAGUUUAUCACAAUUGAAAUGUUAUUUCAUGGCAAAGCUUUAGAGGUCUUCACUGCUGCCUACCAAAAUAUACAAAAAAUUGAUGAGGAUGAAGACCUAGAGGUUUUCCGAAAUUCUCUGUAUCUAUCAGAUUAUCCAUCUCGUUUAGAUAUUGUAAGAGCAAAUUCAAAGUCACCUCUUCAGAGAUCAUUGUCAACUAAGUGCACAUCUGGAACUGGACAGAUAGCCACCUGUCGAACAAGGAAGGAUCAACAAGUAGAAGAUGAAGAUGAUGAAGAAUUAGAUGUUACAGAAGAUGAAAACUAACUUCAAAAAGAAUUCACAUUUCUGUUUUCAUAUCACAUGACUGGAAAUGUAGGAUCACUUUAUACUCACUUGACAGGUUAAAUUAUAAAAUGAAAUGCUACUAUGAAAUGAGGGAGGGGGUGGUUAAGGAAAUUAUGCUAAGGAAAAAAUGAAGAUUUUUUUUUCCUGAA